GAUGUCCUGGUUGCCAUCACACAUGCCGUUCCGCCCUAUGGUGUGGUGGGCGUGAAUUUGUAUUUGGCUGACUUGUUGGAGGAUUUGCUUAACUAUCCGAAUGCUUCGCCCGCUGCCAAGCAGGGCUUCAGCUAUGCCUUUCUGCUGGAUCGUGAUACCGGCAAUACGCUGGCUCAUCCGGCAUUCCCACGGCCGCUCAUCCAGCGCGAACCGGCGUAUCCAGUGAACAUCGCUUAUCUUGAGAAUGCAACGGACUUUUCCAGCAUCCUCAGGCGCAUGCUGCAGGAGGAGCGCGGCAAUGCCAGCACUGGCGUCUACUUGGGUCGCCAACAGCUUCUGCGCACCUAUCACUGGCAAUCCGUGCUGGGCAUUUAUGUGCUCUGUCUGGUGAGCACCGCCAGCAUCAGCGGCGCUGCCGCUCACAAUGCAUCAGUGCCGCAGCAGCGCUACAAUCGAUUGGAUGCCGUAUCGAGCUAUGAGUCUGGCUACUAUGGCGACAGCAUGGAUAUAUUGUACCACCGUUUGGACUUGCUGCAAAAUGCCGCCACUGGAGCGCCCGCAAAUUGUCGCUACUUCAGGCAACUGGCCACGAUGGAUGCGCCCACUCUUUUUCUGAGCGCCGCCGCUUUUAAUUCGCCCUUUGCAUUCCUGCACAACAAUCGACCGCGCACUCAGCUGCGUCAAGUUGAGUCCAUCAUGGCGUAUUUGCGUGACUCCCGUGGCCUGUUCGCUAAUCCCGGCCUGCGGCCACGUAUACGGCACGAGGUUCUGGUCUUAUAUCAGACCAUGCAACUGCUGCGGCGACGACAUCAGGAUUCGAGCGGCUCGUUGCGUGGCCACAUUAUCAGACGUUAUAUAGCCAGUGUCAAUCGGACGCUGCAACGGUACUACGCCUUCAACACAUCUCUGGCCACCAUACUGAGCAAUGUGGUGCAUGGCGAGCGCACGAAAUACGCCAUCGCCCUGAUCCGUGGCAGCAAUCUGUUUGCGGCGGUGCUCAACUCCAGCUGCGAUGGCGGCGCCUUCUGUCCGUGCAGCACCAUCGAUCGGGUCUGCCUCAACUGCAAGCGCAUGGAUCAGACGGACUGCGAGUGUCCCUGCGAAUGCCCCAUGCUGGCGAAUAGCGAUGCCAGAGAUCUGGAUGACUAUACGAAUUAUACGCGACAAUUUCCCUAUUGUGCACCACCGAGCGAACAUUUUCUGGCACUGCCACCCACAACACAGCUGCUGAGCAUGUUGCCCAGCUGCACCGCCGUCGGCGGCGGAGGCAGCUGUGAGACGUUCGCCACACAGCGCGAAUGCCUGGGAAUAAUGGGCUGUGAGUGGUGCCAACAGGAUGUGGAGGGGAAUACCUUCGCGACGGCCUUCUGCUCCUCGCAGGCGGGCUGCUUUAACGGUGUGCUGGCAUCGCUGACGCCGUAUGGAGAGUUGGAUGAGCUGGAGAUGCUGGCCGCGCAUAAUCCACAGCGGGAACAGCAUGCGUACUCCGCCUUUGGGCCGCUUGGUGGUGCUAUCGUUGUGCUUGCCAUAGUGAUAGGCUUUGCCAUCUAUUGCUAUCGGCACAAUCUGGAUACCCAGGCACUGGAGCAGUUCUAUGUGGAUUCGGUGCAGGAGGAGAACUACGGUCUGCCGCUGUCCCGCUUCAAUUUCGACGAUUGCCAGGCGCACGAUGAGCCGCCCAUGGGUGGCUAUGAUCAUGCUGCGGCCCAGCGUCAACUGAUGCACGCUGCGGACAUAUCACCGUAUCACAUGUCCAGCGGCAGCAGCUACUAUCGCCGGCCGCCCAACGGGGAGUCGGAUCACGGCUAUAGCACCAUGACACCGCACGAGGAUAGCUCCGAUCAGCAGUGCUUUACGCUGGCGGAGCCGCUGCUGCUGCACGACAAGCGGCACAGCAAAUCGGACACCAUGUCCAUAUCAACAUCCAUAUCGAGUCCCACAAACCGCCAGCAGUCCAAUGCGCAUCCCUAUUUGAGCAAUCAGCCGGCCAGCAAGACGGAGCGCUACAAGCAGCAGCCGCAGGCCACACCGUCGCCCUGUCGCGGCACAACGUCCGUGGUUUAUGGCCAGACCACGCUGCCGCUGGAUGCCGAGGAGCCGCGAUCCCACUAUAUACUGGCGCCAGUGACCGUCCAUCGGCACAUGGAGACGGCCGAAUCGUAGUCGAUUGCAAUUAAUAUUUAAGGAGUCCGCUUGUUUGCCAACUUGGUUAUUUUGUGGAUUAGUUCACAGAAUCCGACAACUGAUUCAAACUCCACUAAAUGCCAGCCAAUUUAAUCUUUAAGUCGUUUAUAUUAACUACUUUGCCAUUUUUAUCCAGGUGCACGAACUGCGCGCGUGCACUGUAAUUUAUUGCAGAAAGUAUUAUUAUGCAGCUACUUCCAAUAUUUUAAGCAUUUACAUAUACAUAUAUAUGGAUAUAUAGAUAUAUAUAUAUCUACGUUAAGCACUAAAACAACUAAAUGUACUUAUUAUCAAGGUAACGAAACGACUCGAAAGAAAGAGUAUACAUUUUUUGUAAUAGUUUUUAAGUGCAUAAAGUUACUAAUUAUCGAUUUUAGUUCGUAAAUAAUCAAUAUACUUUAAAUAAAAUGUUUGCAACAAUUUUACACACAA